AUGACCACUUUUUGUUUGCUGCAAAUUAGUCUGGUGCUGCUGUGCACCACCAAAAUCUCAACUCUGGAUUGUAAUAUUCUUCCGCUCCUGCACAACAAAGUGAUCCAGGGCAAUUUACACCUUCUGAACAAAAUGGGUCAACAAUUUCCUGAGCAAUGUCAAAGUGAAAAAAUUCACUUCAAGUUCCCUGAGCAGUUUCUAAAGCUCAGACAGAAAGAGAAUGCCAAGGUGGAAAUCCAGGAGAUCCUGCAACUGAUCUUCUAUAUCUUUACCAAAAACCUAACCGUAGCUGCCUGGGAUGGAAGAUCUCUUGAAAGAUUCCAGAAUAGACUUAAUCAGCAAAUUGAGCAUCUGGAGGCAUGUUUGACAGAGAAGAUGGAGAAGAAACAACCCUACUCAAGAAGUGAAGAAAUCAUUAGACUGAAACUGAAAAAGUACUUCCAAAAGAUAGAUAAUUUUCUAAAAGACAAACAAUACAGCCUGUGUUCCUGGGAGAUCAUCCGCCUGGAAAUGAGGAGAUGUCUUCAGUUUAUUGACAAAGUUAUAGGAAGGCUUAGAAACUAA